UGUCAGGUGUCUGGGGCCAUUCCUUCCAGUGUUCCUCUCAGACUCAGUGCCUUACUAGAAGCCGGCUGGUGGCUGCUGAUGAUCACUGUGGCAUUCCAGCCCUUCUCUUCCCAUUGAUCACUAGAAGAGGAAAGUAAUUUCUGACUCUGAUGUCUUGUGUCUGCCAUCCAUCACAUGUGCAAUGUGUCAGCGAGUGAUGACAUCAUCACGAUCCCUGUACUGUCCGCAGUCUUUGGUCAUUCCCUGUACUGUCUGCAGUCUCUGGUCAUCUCCUGUACUGUCUGCAGUCUCUGGUCAUCUCCUGUACUGUCUGCAGUCUCUGGUCAUUUCCUGUACUGUCUGCAGUCUCUGGUCAUUUCCUGUACUAUGUCCGCAGUCUCUGGUCAUCUCCUGUACUAUGUCCGCAGUCUCUGGUCAUCUCCUGUACUAUGUCCGCAGUCUCUGGUCAUCUCCUGUACUAUGUCCGCAGUC